AUGCAUAACCCUUCUUACGAGGAUGCAUGUUCGGGAACAUCGAAUCACGUAGAAGUUGUUCGUAAUCAGUAUGAUCUUAAAGAGUGUAGGUUCGAGUCGCUUCUUGAGUUGUUCUGGUGGUCUAUGCAUGAUCCCACUACCUUGAAUCGUCAGGGAAACAAUGUGGGAAGCCAAUACAGAUCAGGGAUAUAUUACUACAACCCGGAGCAAGAGAAACUAGCACGCGAGUCACUGGAGUACAUUGGGUCGGUUCUGCUGGAGAGUCACCAGCAACAUGUGGAUAGGAAGAUUGUGACAGAGAUCUUACCGGCUACGAAAUUCUACCGAGCUGAGGAAGAUAACCAGCAAUACUUGUCUAAAGGAGGGAGGUUCGGACUCAAGCAAUCCAGUGCAAAAGGUUGCAACGACCCAAUCCGCUGCUACGGGUGA